CAGGAAGAUCUCCCGCGCAGCAUUUGCCAAGUGCUCAGCUCUCUGGAACAAGACUGCCCGCUCAUCUACUGCUGCAGAGGUAGUUGAAAAGGAGUGCAAGCUGCAACUCAUCCGCCCAGUAGACACAAGGUGGAACUUUCACUUUCUAUCAGUUGAAAGAAUACUGAGAAUAGUUAGAGAGAGUGGAGAAGGAGCCAUCAGAGCGGUUACCAUGGCACUCAAAGUCCCCAUGUUCAGCCCUGCAGAACUUUCUUUCUUGACAGAAUAUGCAUCAACCAUGAACCCAAUCUCAAAGGCACUAAACAUAUUGCAGGGAGAGGUGGAUGUUCACAUGGGAUGGCUGGUGCCCACUAUAACCCUCCUACCUGUGAAGCUUGACCGCCUCAGAACAUCAUCCAAGUUCUGCCAGCCAAUGAUUACUGCCCUUCAAGAAGGAAUACAGCGACGGUUUGGAGACAUGCUUGCUGACCCUGAGCUCAUUGCUGCAGCAAUUUUACUUCCGAAGUUUCGGACAUCGUGGACAAGCAAUGAGGACUUGCUGAAGCUGGGCCUGGACUACAUCAAGAGAAACAUGGAGGAGGAUCCGGUCCCAUCACCAGUUAGCAAUUCCGGGUCAGAGGAGGAGGACUUCUUUGGCCUUAUGAAGGGAAACGUCCAGGAAACCACGAAACAACUGGAUGCCUACCUGGCAAACUCGGCUACCUCCAUGAACACCCUAAAGGCAGUGCCCACAGUUGCCAAUGUGUCCCUUAAACUGAACACGCCGUUGCCUGCCUCUGCGGCAUGUGAACGGCUCUUUAGAGGCAGAAUAGGGUCAAAAUUUUUGGAAAAUCAACUAUUGUUGAAAUUGAACAAAAGGUUCUGUUAAUGCAAAGUUGAUGACAGGGCUUUGAAUGGCACUUAUACUGCCAUGUUCUUAUUAUGGCCAUUGUUUUUGCACUAACCUUUGGCUGCCUGACCAAUGGUAAAAUUUUCAUUUCAGGUCCUUAAUUUAAAUUUCUCGUUCUAAGAUCUGCCUUGUUCUGACCAGUUUUACACUUGUUUUUCAUGUUCCAUGUUUCCGUUUUUUACACUUUUAUAAUUAAAUAAAAUAUUUAAAGAUAUAACA